AUUGCAAAAGGCUCGACUGCUCUAGGAAUUGUCAUUGGUUUUUGGAGCCAUUCCUGUUAUCGAUGAGCCUUCUUACUCUUACUUCGCGUAGAUUUAUACAACUAACGGCUGCAAGAAUGACGGAUCACUCGAUUUAUCAGUUCACUGUGAAGGAUGCGGAUGGAAAAGAUGUCUCCUUGGAGAAAUACAAGGGCAAAGUGGUUGUGAUUGUUAAUGUAGCAUCGCAGUGCGGUUACACUAACUCGCACUAUACGCAGCUGAAAGAGAUGCUUGACAAGUACCAUUCAAAAGGCCUAGAAGUAGCUGCCUUCCCUUGCAAUCAGUUUGGACAUCAGGAGCCUGCUUGUGAGCUUGAUAUCAAGAAUUUCAUACACGAUAAGUUCAACUUUGAACCGGAUCUCUACGCUAAGAUUGACGUCAAUGGUGAUAAGGCUGAUCCGCUAUUCAAAUUUCUGAAAAAGGAGAAGGGUGGCAUGCUCAUUGAUGCAAUCAAGUGGAACUUCACUAAAUUCUUGGUUGAUAAAGAUGGAAAAGUUGUGAAGCGGUAUGGACCAAAUACAGAGCCGAAAGGGAUGGUGAAAGACGUUGAAGCGCUUCUGAAUGACUCAACUAAACUAUGAGCUUGUAAUUAACAUGAGGAGUGUGUAAUUUUAUCUCUACAUUUGAUUUCCACUUUGUCAGUAUUUCAUACCAGUUUGGUCUUAUAUUUCUGCAGAUGUAUCAUACUGUUUGUUCCUCAAACAUCACCGAGGAUUUUAUAAAAUUAUUUUACAGUUUUAUGCGCAGUUUGUCUAAUGUAAUAAAGACGUCCC